GCAGCUGCAAGUGCUCUGCCCAGAAACACAUCUUCCCUUGUUUCCCUUCAGGGCAUGGAUGAAAGACAGAAAGUCUCUGCAGUUUUGUAUUGGGUGCAGAUUUAAGCCAUCUGGGCUGCAUUCCAAAAAACCAAGCAUGUCAGGGAUCAGGGUGUGGCUUGUGCCAGCGUUAAGUAAUGAUGACCCCAGCACACUUAUAAAAUAAGAGAGGGCAACUUGCUAGAUAGCUGUUCCUCAUAACCUGGGCCUCUAUCAACACGGCUGAGCUCUUUGCUUCUCCUUCUCAGCAAAGGUCUGGUUCCCAUUUGCAUCCACAAGUGACCAUGCUAGGGACUUUGGUGCUGCUUUCAGUUCUGUUCAGUCUCCUCCACAUCACCGAGGGGCAAACGUUCAGCUGGGGGCGAUGUCCGGAUCCACCAGUCCAGGAGAACUUUGAUGUUACCAAGUAUGUUGGGAAAUGGUAUGAAAUCGAAAAGCUGCCUGCAAGCUUUGAGAGGGGAAUCUGCAUCAAGGCCAAUUACUCACUGGAGGAAAAUGGGAAGAUUAAAGUGAUAAAUCAAGAGCUCCUCUCAGCCUCAUCUCACGUCCAGAGGGCACCGUGCAAGGCAGAGGGGACACGGCUCUUGGUUUCAGUGACUCAGCUGGCAGGACAAAUUAGAGAUCUGCUGUCAGAGAUAAUGCAUGGCCCAGCCGCACUUUGUGCUUUAGCCUGGGUCUCUGGUUUCUGUGCUGCAUCCUUUGGGCACCGGCAUGUCUUCUCGCACUGCAGGCCUGGCCCGCUAAGAAGAAAUACAUCAGUGCCUGCAGCCAGGGUAGUGGCAGCAGCAAUCCAGGGAAGGAGCACUCCAACCAGCAACAGGUCAAGGGAGGGAGAAGGAGCUCCAGGCAGCAGGGCAGCCAGAGAAGAGGGAGGGCUCCAACCAGCAGGGCAGCCUAAGCAGACUGACCCUCCCUCCUGUACCUAUUGGGUCUCCAAUACUCAGAUAAGACCCCCACCCCCACCCCAGCCUAAGGGGAGGAUCCACAGGACCUGGAAACCAAAUGAUUCCGGGGGGACAACUAAUGAAAUAACAGGGACAGGAGUGUGGUCAAAGGGUUAAAAGAAGGGAGCCUGACGGGGACACCAAGCAGAGAACCCCGGACAGUGCCCACUGCUCCUCAAAGGUGUCAAGGGAGCCAGUGAAUGCCACCCAUUACUCCAUAUUCACACCAGUGUGAGUGAGAGGAGAGCUGGUGUCCUUGUGCUGCACCUUUUUCACCCAUGCAAAGUGAGCGUGAAGUGCUGUCAAAUCUGAAUGCUCCAGACACUUAGCUUUUUACACCCUUUUUGCACAGAUAUAAGUCUCUACCCAAAGCACAGGAAAGUAAAGAAUUGGUCCACAGAUGGUGGAGAAUCAGGCCCUGGGGGCUAUUUUAUUAUGAGUUAACUUUGUAAGGAAACCCAGGACAGGGAAAGCUGAAGCAUCAUGGAAAGAACAAUGACAAUUUCUGAAUUUUAAGCAGAUCAUAGAAUCAUAGAAUAUCAGGGUUGGAAGGGACCCCAGAAGGUCAUCUAGUCCAACCCCCUGCUCAAAGCAGGACCAAGUCCCAGUUAAAUCAUCCCAGCCAGGGCU